AUGAUGAUUACGAGCGUGUGCAGCAGAUUCCUCUUUAUCGAAGUUGAUUCUAGCGAAGGUAAACUGUUUGAUCAUCAGCCUCUAAGACUAAACAAUGAUGAUUACGAGCGUGUGCAGCAGAUUCCUCUUAAAAAGGGGGCCAACUUCCGUGACCUCAAAGGUGUCAAGGUUGGCAUCAACAAUACCGUGGAGUGGGAUCCAGACGUUCCCCGUGUAUUUCUGUCAUCUGGGAAGCCUUUGGUGCCUGACUAUGCUAUGACCUUCAUCAAAGGGAAGUCAGCAAAACCGUUUGGACGUCUGUGGUGGGAUGAAAUAGUUCCCACUGUUGUUACCAGAGCUGAGCCUCACAAUCAGGUUGGCAAUGCUGUUGCUGUUCCGGUUGCUCGAGCUCUAGGUUGUUCUCUCGGAAUGGCAUACAUGGGUAGAUUAGAUGGAGAUGGACCACUGUUCAAGCUGUCCAGGAGCUUUACGAGAACUCCUGUAGUGUUUUCAGGAGGUGAAGACGCAGAUAUGGAACAAGUGCUUGAUUGA